CGUAAGAAAAUGUAACCCUGCAACAACGUUAUUCACAGCUGCUCCUCUCAAUGCGAGAAAUUAAACAAUAGAUUUAAUUUAUUUAAUUGGACGAAUAUAGUACUUGAUUUGCGAUAAGCGUGUUAUAUACCCGGAGCUUGCGUAAUCUCCCGUCAAGACGCACUUAUAAUUAUCAACAAUGGACUUCACGGACAAAGUGGUGCUAAUCACGGGUGCCAGUUCUGGCAUUGGAGCCUGUACUGCCGUAAAAUUUGCCAAAUUAGGAGCCCUGCUCGCACUGAAUGGACGUAAUGCAGAGAACCUACAAGCUGUUGCAGAACAGUGUGCCGCUGUUGGCAAAGAACCUUUCCUGGUUGUCGGAGAUAUUUCUAAGGAAGCUGACGUGAAAAAUGUUUGGCAAGAAACUUUAAAAAAAUACAACAAACUAGACGUAUUAGUCAACAAUGCUGGCAUCAUCGAAAUAGGUAGUAUUGAAAAUACCAACCUGGCACAAUACGAUCGUGUGAUGAACACAAAUCUACGUGCUGUGUAUCACCUAACAAUGUUGGCCGUUCCGGAGCUCAUUAAAUCGAAAGGAAAUAUUGUUAACGUUUCAAGCGUAAAUGGUAUACGUUCUUUUCCUGGAGUUUUGGCAUAUAAUAUCUCUAAAAUGGGUUUAGAUCAAUUUACGCGAUGUAUCGCCCUGGAACUGGCCCCAAAAGGUGUACGCGCAAACUGUGUUAAUCCUGGUGUCAUAGUGACUAAUAUACAUAAACGCGGCGGCAUGGAUGAAGAGACGUAUCAAAAGUUCUUGGAACAUUCAAAAACAACUCACGCUUUAGGUCGUGCUGGCACUGUGGAUGAAGUUGCAAAUGCUAUCGCCUUUUUAUCCAGUGACUUGGCUUCGUUCACAACUGGUACGAGUUUGUCAGUAGACGGUGGUCGACAUGCUAUGUGCCCUCGAUGAGGUGACCAAUUAUUCAGAACAAAUACAACGGCGCAUUUACAAAUGUAUAUACACUUUAUGGCUAAAUAAAUUGUUAUUUUAUGAAUAUACUUCGUUAUUUAAAAUACAAAUACUGCAUCUACUAAAUUAUCCACAAGUUAGUUUUGUAAAUUCAGAUAGAACUUUAGCUGUAUUUGCACGUUCAAAACACUCAUAGGUUAUCAAAAAUCACUCAAAUCAAAAACUAAAAACGAUGCACCGCAAAGUAAAAACAAUA